CUACGUAUUGUUUUCACGAGGUCAAUACGUGCCCCUAACAGAUGUACCGGUAAGGUAAACUUCUUAAGCCAUCCCGGUAAAUAAUGUAUAACAUGUUAUACAAAUCACGUGCAUGCACGUAAGUUGUUGUUUUUUUUUCACGAUGUGGGAUUUAUACUUUCUUUUCCAAAAAAUUUCAUGGCAAUAAAAGAUGAAUCACCUCACCUGAAGGAGGAGGUUUUUCCGACAGGUAAAAUGUCAUUUGUCAGAAAUAGAAAGAUGUACCUAAACACCAUUGAGUGACUGAGACAUGGUCGUCAGGGGAAAGAUAGGCCUCAAAAUCUGGAUUAACAUCAUAGUGCUGUGUAUUGAAAUUCACGGACAACGGGAUUUUAUCAGUGUAGACUGUGAAUGGGAAACAAGGGAAUGGAUAACCAGUUUUCACAGCCGUUUGUUAGGACGAUGUGCGGUCCCUUCAGGCUGGAGAGGAGGUGCACCAGGUCCGCCAGGAGUCAAGGGAGCCCAAGGACUGAGGGGUGAACCCGGGAUGCCCGGAUUUUACAUACACAAAAUCAUUAUGGGGCCGAAAGGGGACCACGGAGAACCAGGACUUCCUGGACAACCUGGGAAUAAAGGUCAAAAGGGAAACGCAGGGCGUGAUGGGAUUGACGGAGAACCCGGAUAUUCCUCGUCUAUAAGUGAAACAGACUUUAAGAAUCUUAAGAGCCAAGUGAAUGAACUCAUUGAGAAAAACAUCGGCGGGGGCGUUUCUGUACCGGGACCCCGGGGACCGAAGGGAGAUAAAGGUCAGAAGGGAAACUUGGGUCAAAAAGGUGUGAGUGGUGACCUUGGAAUACAAGGUCAGAAGGGAGAUCCUGGGAUUCAAGGAGUGAAGGGUGAGCAAGGGAAUGAUGGGAUACCAGGAAAAGAUUCCACAAUUCCAGGUUGGAAGGGAGAGCCGGGUGAGCCAGGACCCGCUGGACCGGUAGGACCCCAAGGUCCUAAAGGGCAACUAGGAAACAGUGUUUCUUCAGCAGUGACAGCUGAAGCUUUCGAUGAAAUUUUGACUCGAAUCAAAAAAUUGGAAAGAAUCGUACAGGGAUGUUCAUGUGGAGGUCCAACUACAGUCUCUCCCGGAGAUAAACCGACAGAUUUUAAACAUCCGAACAGGACUAUUUUUCCUCCGCCGCCACUUCCGGUGGGCGACAUUAGUCAGAAGCUUCUGAACGAUUUAACCAGUAGGGAGGGCAGCGAAUGUGUUAGCUACGCUCUACAGUAUUACAAGGAAUGUAGUAAAGAAGGAAGGGAGCAACGGUUCGGUACACACCCGAUCUCUGUACUGAGUGAUGGCGAAAUGGAUACGAAAGCUAAGCUAUACGUUUUCUGGACAGUUUUAGCUGUCCUAUGUAUACGGAUUAGUGGAUAUUCCAACGGUUACUGGUACAGUAGAUCCAGACGAUCUAUGACAUCAUGUGGUUCGGUACACUGCUGCUACGAAGAAAAAGUGGUGAUGAGAAGGCUGUAUUUAUAUGAUCCGCGGGUGGCAAAAUGCGGGUGGUAUACUAAAAAGUUUACCUACUACGUUCCCAUAUAUGGACAACAAUGUUCCAUUACUGCAGCGAUAUUACUCAAAGGGGAGAAUGGGAAAUAUGGUGCGGUUGGAAAAAUCGGUCCCAAAGGACCUAGAGGUCUCCCUGGUCCUCCAGGGGACAAAGGAGAAAAGGGGGACCCAGGACUAAACGGUAAACCUGGGGUCACCGGCCCUUCUGCAUUAUUGGAGUAUGCUCCAAAAGGGAAUCCUGGAGAGAAAGGAAUACCCGGGGAAAUGGGACAACCUGGUCCAGAGGGUCCUCCUGGAUUAAAAGGAAGCAUUGGAGCAAACGGAGAGCCAGGGAGGCCAGGACCGAAAGGAGAUCCGGGAGUUUCUACGUCCAUAUCAGCAAAACAAUUCUAUGGACUUCAAUUACAAGUAAAAAAACUUCUUAACAGAACAGGUACCGAUGGCUUUCCUGGAUUACCUGGUCCUGAGGGACCAAAAGGCAACAAAGGAGAAAUAGGGAAACCUGGUGAACAAGGCCCUAAAGGUGUCAAUGGGCCCCAAGGUCAAAAGGGGCAACCUGGACAGCCUGGACCACGUGGGGAGAAAGGCAACGAAGGAGAAACUGGACCACGUGGUGAACCCGGAAGUUUGGGAAAAUCGGGGGAACCUGGUAUUAAUGGUUUUCCUGGGGGAAAAGGAGAUGUGGGAAAACCGGGCUCAAGGGGACCAAUGGGACCCCAAGGCCCAAAAGGCGAUCCAGGAAGUAUUCCACCGGAGUUGACAGUGCAAGCCUUUGAGAACCUUUUGAAUCGUAUAUCAGUACUUGAAAGAAAAAUGAAAGAGUGUUCAUGUGGUGGACCGUCGACAGAUGCUCCCGAUGAAGAAGAUAUAAAAUCUGAAGAUAUUAAAAACAGUAAACCAAGCUUCUUUCCUCCACCACCACUUCCGGUAGUUAGUGCUCUUCGUCAAAAGUUAAUGGACGAGCUGAAAGUGAAUCAAAUGGACAAGGCAUGCAUUCGCUUUGCUCUGCAGUAUUACAAAGCCUGUGCUAAUGAGACUGCGAUUAACACGUAUACUAACUCUAUUCAGUGUAAUUACAAGCAAUGGAAGAAUACACCGCUUUAACACCAUGGUAUUAGAAUAGUAUGGAUUUAUAUCGACACUCGUUGCUUUAAUAUUUUGAAUUUCUUUAUAAAGUACAAUGUACAUACUAUUCCAGUCUGAUACAGACAGUGUUUAAGUUGAAAAUUGAGCAACUUGCUGGAUUACUUUAUUAUAGGAUUAAACAUUCUUUUUGAACAAUUUAUCGAUGUGUAAACUUCGGACAUUUUACUCACAAACUGAAGUGUUUGAUUCUUAUAAUUCCAAUUUGAUUCACUUUAUUAACAAUUGCAAAAAUUUGAAUAGUUUCCCCGCAUUAUGUUAUUUGUUUUCAGGCGUGUAUGAAUACAUCGCGUUUUCGGAUUUAUUGAUGUAUAAACUCUUGUUCAGCUUUAUUUUUGUCCAAACAAAACAAUUGUAAUAAAUAACAUUAAAAUUA